UACAUACACAAACACACACAUAGCAAAUAGAAAAAGCAAACAUAUACACAUAAGCGCACAGUUUGUUACAGGAACUCAUAUAGGCAUAUACACACACUAGCAUAGUCAGUCACACAUACAAACAAACCGGCGGACACACAGACAAAGGCACGCAUGCAUACGCACGUCGACACACUCAUACUUAUUCACAAACACAAUGAUUUACUGAUAUACAUACAUGCACAUAAGCGUACAGCUACACACACACACAUACAUAUAUAUCUCUAUAUGUCUAUACAUACACGCAUAUACUUUUCCACACGCGCUUUACAUACAUUCAAGCAGACAUCUCCACGCACACAUAUACUUAUUCACACGCGCACUAACUCUGACACACACACAAACAGACGGACGGACAUAGAAACAAAGGCACGCACAGCGAACACACAUACAUACACACUCUCUCUCGGUCUUUCACCCUGUCUCUCUCUCUUUAAUCACACACACACGCUCUCUUUCUCUCUCUCUGUAUUUGUUUGUCUCUCUCUUUUUCUCAUAUAGACAAAAUGAAAAAAAGAAAAAGAAGUCUAGUUGGUGUCGUUUCCGGACUGUUGUAAAGCUAAGCUGUGUAGUACUACGACGGUGCGAUUGUGUGCAGUAAGAGAUCAGACACUGCCUUACAUAUUUAGAUGGACUUGUAUCUCUCUUCUUCUCUCUCCCAGUCGGCUGCAGUUUAGACACAAAAACCCUCCUCUCAGCCACCACUGUCAUCAUAUGUUCUCUUUUUAAAGAUUUCGACAGAGGAACGAAACAUUAAAGAAAGAAAUAGAGAAAAAACAGCGCAAAACAAAGGAGAUCAAGUAAAAACAAAAAAACAAACCCAUCCAGGUGGAAAUAGAGAGAUUUAAGAGGAGGAGAAAAGAGGAGGAAGAAGAAAACCAUGGAUACGGUGCUGUCAACAUUUGCUGACGUCUUGUGGAAUAUUCAAACUUUAAAUUCUUAAAAUUAUCAGUUCUAACAUUCCUUCCCCCAAUUUUUUUUUUUUUUUGAUUUUGGGGAAUAACUUCUUUUUUUUUUUUCCCUAUGAAUCUUCAAGAAUAAAGAGAGUGGGUCUCUUCAAAGCUCUGUGUCUAGUUAAGACGGUUGUGUCUGACUUAGACUCUGGUGUGUUUAUCUAAAGAUUGAUUGUCUGUUUUAAACUGUUGUGUCUAAGACUUUGAAGGAUGGGUUUCAAAUGUAACUUUUGUUCAAAGAUUUUUAACCAAAAGUCGGAUUUGAUGCUUCAUGAAGCUCACCAUGCCAGAGAAGCUUUCUUCAGGGCUUGUUCGCAACAGCAACAACAGCAACAACACCACCAGCAACAGCAGCAUCAGCAGCAACAACUGCAGCAACGACAACAGCAACAUCAACAGCAUCAGCAGCAACAGCAGAAUAACAUAUCAAAAAAGACCUCUCUAUUGAACCUGUCGACUUCUCCUUCGCAUGUUCUCAAUUUGAAAUGCAUUUACUGCCAAGAGAUAUUUCACGACCAGUGCACUCUUGCAGAGCAUGUACAAAUGCAGCACUUGGGCAAGAAAGUGCUCACCUGUCACCUUUGUGAUAAGACUUUUUCACGUUCUUCAGAUCUUGCUAUUCAUAUGCGUGUUCAUUCGGGCGAGAAGCCGUUUUCUUGCAAUGUCUGCGACAAGUCGUUUACCCAACUGUCAAACCUUGCCACCCACAAGCGUAUCCAUUCUGGAGAGAAACCUUAUCAAUGCCCAGAGUGCUACAAGGCCUUUUCAGAUUCUUCAGCAUUGUCACGCCAUGUUAGAAUUCAUUCUGGGGAAAAGCCAUUCAAGUGCGACAUUUGUUAUAAAUCUUUUUCCAUCUCUUCCAAUUUGUCUAUGCAUUUGCGGACACAUUCAGGUGAGAAACCAUUCCGGUGUGAUGUUUGUGAUAAAACCUUCUCCCAGUCGGCCCACCUUGCAACUCACAUGAGAACACAUUGUGGAGAUAAAAUUUUUAUAUGUAAAGUUUGCGGAAAGGCUUUUACCAAUUCUUCUAAUUUGGCGUUACAUAUGACUGUGCACUCUGGGCAGAAACCUUUCACCUGUUACCUGUGCCACAGGUCGUUCCCUCAGUCCUCACUGCUCUCGGCUCACAUGGCAACUCACUCUGCCGAAUUAGAUGCUGCUGCUAUGGGCAGGCUGUUUAUGUCUCCCGGCAACAAUAUCCAUCACAUGAACGAGAACUCCCCAGCAUCGUCAUCGUCGUCCGUCUCUCCGUCGCAUUCCCCAUCACCACAGCAACACCACCAGCUAUCCACGACGAACACGAUUGCUGCACACAACCACAACCAUUACCACAUGCAACAAUCACAGCCACAACAUUCUGGCAUCCGCUCCUCACCCGACCUGCAGCCGACCUACUCCCACAAGAACAACAAACACAUGAUCAUUGAUAAGGAUCCAAUGCAGCACGUCUCUCCAAACCACACGGUGUCCGAAGUGAUGGCAUCCCUGUCGGCAAAUGAAAAGACUUUCAGAAGAAACAGUGGCAGCGGAACUGCUAUGAACACCAACAACAACAACAUCAUCACUUGCAAUAACAAUAUCAAUCUCAACAACAGCAGCAGCAGCAGCAGCAAUAUCAACAACAACUGCAGCAGCAGUAGCAACAACAAUAAUAGCAACAGCAGCAAACAUUGUGGGAACCAGCCAACCGUGAAGAAGGCCAUACCACGUAGUGAGAUGGUGAAGAUAUUCCGAGAUGUUGCUGAAUCAUUAUGGGGCGUGAGUGGUGAAGAUAUUGCUGAAGAUAUUCGUGAAGAUGGCAUCACAGGCACAACUUUCUGAAUCAUGAAGAAAUCACCAUUCACUCAUAAAUAACUACACUCACACACUCAGUGUGAGUGUGAGUGUCUGUGUGUGUAUACAUAUUUAUCAUGUGUGAUAUAUACACACACUCGUGUAUAUACAUGUAUGUAUGUAUACAUAUACAUACACAAGCAAACUAGGUUAGAAGCUGCUGUUUGUUUGUAUUAAACUUUUGAUGAAAUUAGAAACACUGUAGAUUGCUAUUAUCAUUAUUAUUAUUAUUAUGAAUAAUAAUAAUAAUAAUAAUAAUUAUUAGUAUUUUUUUUUAAGUUCUUUCCAUUUUUUUUCUUAAAACCAAUUAUAAUGAUGCCAAGUAAACCUCUCUUUAUCAUUAUCACUACUAUCACCAUUUUUCUUUGUCUUCUUCCUAUUAUUAUUAUUAUUAUUAUUAUUAUUAUUAUUAUUAUUAUUAUUAUUAUUAUUAUUAUUAUAUAAGGCAGCGAACUGGCAGAAUUGUUGGCCAGAACAAAUGCUUUGCAGCAUUUUGUCCAUCUUCACAUUCUGAGUUCAGAUUCCACUGAGGUUAACUUUGCCUUUCAUCCUUUCAAGGUCGAUAAAAUAAGCACCAGUCUGAACACUGGGGUCGAUGGACUCGACUUGACCCCCUCCCCACAAAUUUGCUGGCCUUGUGCCAACAUUGUAUUAUUAUUAUUAUUAUUAUUAUUAUUAUUAGGAUGGUUGGAAAUAGUAGUGCCAUAAAUUAUAAAACAUUAUAACAUUUAGUUUUACCCCUGUUGAUUCAAAGAUCAUAUCCCUCCAGAGUUGACAUUGCCUUUCAUCCUUCCAGGGUCUGGAUGGAUGUAUAGGUGAAUGGGUUGGGUUGGAUUUGGUCAGCAUUGAUAAUCAGUUUAAUGCUUUCCUAAACUGAACUUUUACCAAAUGCAAGCAAUCAGGACUCGAGUGUUUUGCUAACAUGUAGCAGUAACUUCUUUCACACAACUAAAUCUGUGUUUCUGCUUUUGGUUCCCCACAUUGCUCAUGUCAUAGUCAAAAGAUAGGCAUUAAUGAUUGCUUGACCUGCUAGAAAUGGAAGGCAAAUCCCCUUCAAACUUUAAAAAUGGGAAGAACAAUGGAUAAUGUAUAAAAGACAGAAUGGUGGCUAGAAUGACUUUGAUCAGAAUUAACUUGGGGCCAAAAAACAGCAUUUUACUCAGCAGUGCCCCCUUUCCCCUCGCCCAACAUACUUUACAUCCCUUAUAAAUUGUAUGUUUCAUGGUUCACAUAAGAAAUUCCACAUAUUUAGUGGUGGUGGUCACAGUGAUGAUAAAUUGACAGAAUGCCAUAAUGGCAAUUAGUCUCUACUAAGAAUGACUUUAUUAGAUGAGGUAACAUCAACUUGUAAAAAUAGCAGCCAAUUCUUCCUCAAAUCUCACCAUACUCAUCUUUUAAAACAAACAGUGAAUCAUUAGAUAAUGAGAGUACAAGGGUCUGUCGAAUAUUCAGCCACUUGUACAUUCAGUGAUUUGGAGAGGUCAGUUGGUCAAACAACUGGUCACUCACCUUUAAAACCAACAGAGACUAGCUUACUCAUUGUGCUAGAAAUAAUCACUAAAAGCCAGACUAAAAACUUCAUGCUUAUUCAGUAACUGGGGCAGUGGAUUCGUAGAAUUGGGUGGAAUAUCAGACAUAAUGCUUUGUGAUUUUCUUCUGGUUCUUUAAAUUCUGAGUUCAAAUCCUACUGAGCUUAGCUUCCACCAGACAAGUACUGGGAUCAGUGAUAUUGACUAAAUCCCUCCCCUCAACAUUGCUGGCCUUCUUUCUAAAUCCGAAAACCAUAGAUUUGGUACCAUUAGUAGACAUUCUCCGUCUCUUUUUCACAAGAAACCACUUGACUCCCUUUUUAAACUGUUUCUCCUCAAAACGCAUCAACCCAGCAGCAGCCCACCCGUCACUCAUUUCCUCACAGCCUAAACUUUACUCAAAAAAUACUCUGCGAUAUUCAGUCUUGACUCUGAAUAUAAAAGGUCCCAUUGAGGAUCAUUUGGCCUUCCAUGGUUCGGUGGGUGCUGAUGAUUAAAACGAGUUCCUGUAUAUAAUACUGGGUGUUGAUUCUCUCAAUGAAGCCCAUUCUUUAGGAAUGGGCCACCAAGGUGCUCAAUGAACAGAAUUAUUAAAUCUGGUAUGUUUGCUUUCUAUCCUGACAUGGUUGAUAAAAUUUAGAACUUGUAAAGUAUUGAAGUUGAUUAAAUUGGCUACAUCUACCCUUCCCGUCACUCCCCCCUCCCCUCCGGACUUGUGCCUCUAUUAUAAAUUUCUUUUUAUUGGCAGAGUUGGUAGAGCACCAAACAGUAACUUGUGGUAUUUUGUUUGGUUCAGAUUCUGUUGAGCCCAACUUUGCUUCCUAUCCUCCUGGGAUCGAUAAAAUAAGAACCAUCCAAGCACUGGCAUUAAAUCAAUUGUAUCCCCCAACUCCACCUCGAAAUGGGAGACCUCAUGUCGUCAUUACAAAUUAUCAUCAGAAUUUUGUUGUUAUAUUUUGGAAGAAUCAUAUUAAAGCCUAUAAACACACUAAUUGCUGUCAACUUUUUGUUUUUAUUCAUAUUCCAAAAGUCUCAGGUGACAUUUUUGUUUUAUGUGACCUGAGUGAAAAAAGGUCAUGGGGAAAGUUUGAUGAAGAAUUUUAGGAACAUGGCUAAAAGCAAGUAAACAACAACUGCUGGGUGUAUUUAAAGGGUUUAAUGGGGUUCUUCCGAAAUAUGAUGAUGAUGUGUAGCAAUGGCACAAGGGCUCAAAUUUUGGGUGAAACCAAAAGAAAUUCUUUUCUUCUGUGAGUCAUUGGUGUUGGAGUGCCAGAAAAGGUGAGCUAUUGGACAAUAUAUUUAAUUUGUGUCGCUACAUUCUGGGUUCAAAUCCUUCCCCCCCCCCCAUUGAUUAAAUGGAAUGGUCAAAGUAAAUACCAGUCAUGUACUGAGGUUGAUUCACUUGACAAUAAACCCCACUCCCUUUCUGCCAACAUGUAUAGCAUUGUGCCAAUGUGAGAAAUUCUUGUCAUAAAGAUGAGAGUUUGUGCUAAACAUUUAAGACGUUGCAGUGUUUGCAUUCCUUUACAAUCUGAGUUCAAAUCACAUCAGAGUUGACUUUGUCAUCUUUCUGGGAUCGAUAAUAUGUACUAGUCAAAUACAGUUUAAUUAACUGUUCCCUCCCUACCUCAAGAGGUGUAGCCUUGUGCCUGUGUAGAGAUUAUUAGGAUUAUUAUUAUUAUUAUUAUUAUUACUAGAGAAAUUCACUCUUUCUCUGAAUUGGACACAAAAGUUUAAUCAAUCAUAUCUUAUUGUGAGAGCAAGAAAACAAAAUGGGCCAGCAUUUGGUUCACCACCACCACCAUCAUUAUCAUCAUCGUCAUCGUCAUCGUCAUGUGUGUGUGUGUGUGUCCAUAUAUGUAUAUAUGUAUGUAUAUACACACACACACAAUCUGAUGAUUCACUCUGUCACUUUCUCCUUGCUUUGUGUGUUCCUUUUACCAGAGAUAGGAAUUACAAUGUAUCUUUAUUUUAAUUUUAUUUAUCAGUUUUAAAUGUCAAACUGUUGCAAUUAAUGUUACCAUAAUCUAAAGCCAGUUUUUUUUUUGUGAUAAGAAAAUUUGAAGUUUAUAUCAGUUUAAUUUUGAAAAAAAGAAAAAAAAAUUGAAACAUUAAAUUCAAGUUAUUAAAAAAAUGUUCUUACCAAGUAUAUAAAACAAACCUGGAAUUGAAUUUAAAAAAAAAAAAAGAUAAUUUGAACUGGGGGGGAAAAAUUGUUCAAAAACCCAAAUUUCUAAAACUGAACUUAAAAGGGGGUGUAGAAUUGAUAAAAUAUUGCCAUUUGACCUAAUAAUGUUUGGGGAAUGAGAAAAUAGGAUGUUGUGACAUUUAUGGCUUUCCAGACCAGAGAUCAUUAGUGGUGUAAGUGAAGAGAAAUGGCUGCAAAUGAGAAUCCAAGACUUGGUUGCAAUUUCAAUUAGAGUUGAUCAGAAAACAAAAAAACAACAAAAAAAAAAUAUUUAUAACUUUUUUUUUCUUUGCUUGUCAAAUUUGAAACCUUAAAAUAUCCCAAAUCUGCUCCAAUCCUGUUUAUUUUUAAACUUUUUUUUUUUUAUCAUUUUCACCUGUGGGAGUAUUUGAAACAGUGGGAUGAGCAAACAGUUGAAUGAGGUGUAAUUUGGGUUUAUGGCUUGGUGCUAGUGAGAUGUUAUAAUCUAUAAAUAGAUGGGGAGGGGUGUAUCCCCUACUCUACAUAAAUACCUCCUAAAAAAAAAAAAAACUUAAUCUGAAAGACAUUGUAUAAAAUGAACCAAAAUUUUCAGUCUCAUAUCUGAGUUUCCCUACUAAAUUUUUUGUGGGUGAGGAGGGUGUUAUUUUCUUCCUUCCCCCCUUCUAUUUCUCAAAGACUCUUGCAAUCUGACCAGUUCCUCAUCAACUUGUAUAAUCAUCAUACCAUCUUUGUAAUGUUCCAACAUCUUCGCUUAUCAUUAUUAUUUUUUUUUAAUGUCAUUUUUUUCCCUGUAAUUUUCAUCAGUGUUCAUAAUUGUAAUUUUUCACUUGCAUUGCCAAAAUUUCCUUUGUGAGAAAGUAUGAAUGUCACCACUUCUCUAUUCCUCUCCCAUCACACACUCACAAAGUUUUGUGCCCAUGUAAAGAAAACGAAAAAUAUUAUAACCUUCACCUAGACAAAACUGUUACCUUUAUACGUUCCCAGAAAAGUGGGAAUGAAUGAUGCAACUUCCCAUUUCAGUCUAUUCUAUAAAUCAGAGGCCUUGGGCCUAUGUAAAAAGC